AUGGGAGUAAAUGACUUGUGGCAAAUUUUGGAGCCUGUUAAACAACACGUCCACUUGCACAGUCUCAGUGGGAAAACCAUUGCUGUUGAUCUGAGUCUCUGGGUAUGUGAAGCACAGACAGUCAAAAAAAUGAUUGGGACAGUCAUGAAGCCCCACCUCAGGAACCUGUUUUUUCGUAUCUCAUAUUUAAUGCUAAUGGAUGUAAAGCUGGUGUUCGUUAUGGAAGGGGAACCCCCGCACCUGAAAGCUGAUGUCAUUAGUAAGAGGAAUCAGGUCCGGUAUGGACCUUCUGGAAAAACACUGUCUCAGAAAACAGGGAGAUCACAUUUUAAGACAGUCUUAAAGGAGUGUCUUGAUAUGCUGGAGUGCUUAGGCAUUCCCUGGGUCCAGGCUGCUGGCGAAGCUGAAGCCAUGUGUGCCUACCUCAGCGCCAGUGGUUAUGUGGACGGCUGCCUCACCAAUGACGGAGACGCUUUCCUUUAUGGGGCCCAGACUGUUUAUAGGAAUUUCACUAUGAACACCAAGGACCCGCAUGUUGACUGUUAUACAAUGUCAUCCAUCAAGAGUAAACUAGGUUUGAAUAGAGAUGCUCUGGUUGGGCUGGCAAUACUACUUGGCUGUGAUUAUCUUCCAAAGGGAGUCCCUGGAGUUGGAAAAGAGCAAGCAUUAAAACUGAUAAAGAUUUUGAAAGGACAAAGUUUACUUCAGAGGUUUAAUCAGUGGAAUGAAAAGUCUUGUUACUCUAAUUCACAACCAGCACUCGUUAACAAACUGGCUCAUUGCUCUGUGUGCUCCCAUCCAGGUUCAUCUAAGGAUCAUGAACAUAAUGGAUGCAAAUUAUGUCAAACUGAUCGAUACUGUGAACCACAUGAUUAUGAAUACUGCUGUCCUUGUGAAUGGCACCGUACAGAACAUGAGAGGCAACUGAAUGCAGUAGAAUACAAUAUUAAGAAAAAAGCUUGCAGUUGUGAGGGAUUCCCAUUCCAUGAGGUUACUCAAGAAUUCCUUCUGAACAAGGAUAAAUUGGUGAAGGCAGUCAGGUACCAAAGACCUGAUUUAUUAUUGUUUCAGAGAUUUACUCUUGAAAAAAUGGAGUGGCCCAAUCACUAUGCAUGUGAGAAAUUGUUGACACUGUUGACCCACUAUGACAUGACAGAAAGGAAGCUCGGUCGAAGGAACUCUAAUCAGCUGCAGCCAGUUCGAAUCGUUAAAAACCGAAUCAGAAAUGGAGUUCAUUGUUUUGAAAUAGAAUGGGAAAAGCCUGAACAUUACGCUGUAGAAAAUAAACAUGGAGAAUCGGCUCUACUAACAGUAGAAGAAGAGCCAUUGUUUGAAGCAGCUUAUCCUGAGAUUGUCGCUCUUUACCGAAAACAAACGUCAGAAAAUAAAGGGAAGAAACAAAAAAGCAUGAAAAUUAAGUCUAAAGGAAACAUUUUGCCAGAAUCAGAUGGGAUGAUGAAUGUUCAAUCUCACAUGACUGUAAAACCCACAUGGGAAAUCUUUCCUAAGCAGAUAUCCAAGUUAAGCUUGGAAAUUUCCCCUGAUUCUACAUCACCCGAGGAAUUUAUUUCCACAUCAUUGAAUGCCUUGCUUUUACCUGAAGAUGCUGCCUGUUUGAGUACACAAGAACAGUUAAUAUCUUCUCCAAGACCUUUGGCUAUGCAGCAAAUUAAAGAUAUCAAUAAGUUUCUAACUGCAGAAUCUAGUCAACCUAGUACCUCAUCCCAUAAUAUAUCCGCAGUUGCUGAUCUGCACUUGAGCACCAUCGACUGGGAAGGUACUUCUUUUAGUACUUCUUUUAGUAAUUCUCCGGCCAUCCCCAGGAACGCAUUCACUCAUGGUUUAAAAUCGGAACUUGAAACAGCUACUCCUGACAAUUUUAAAAAUAAUCCAGAGCAGUUGUGUUGUGAAUCAGAACGGCAUACCACCAGUGUUAAUAAACUCUCCUGUUGGGGUCUUCAGAAGACUAAUCCUGAGGACGACCUUCUUUCUGGCAUUAGUGAUUUACGUCUUCAGGAUUUACCCUUAAAGGAACGAAUACUUAUAAAAUCAUAUCCUCAGAAUACUUUAGAACCACAUGUUGACCUAAAAACUUUGUCCCUACUUACUGUAAAAGAACAGUGUGUUGCUAAUAAUACUUCUCAUUGUCCAUCACAUCUUUCCAAGGAUCUUCUAGGAAUUCAUUGGCAAAAUGAAUCUAGAAACUGUAAAAUUCCAAAAGGAGGCCAGCUGUUUCAAGAAAAUGAUAAAUCAAAUACAUCUGUACCCUUGUCUGUCAAUAACCCAGGAACGAAGACCUCCAAUGUUAGAACUGGGCCACCAAAUGCUGCUUUAUAUCAUAGUAGAAAAGCUGGCGUUCAAAUCGCUCAGAAAACUGUAAUGAAGAAGAGCGUUUGCCUUGACAGACCUUCCUCUGAUGAAGAAAGUGUCCCAGAGUUUGGGAAAGCUAAAUCCACAAGUCAAAAAAUGAAGCAGAGUUCUCAGAAGCAUAGUCCAACCCAUUUCAAGAAAAAUGAUGCCAACAAGUUGAGUAACCCUAAGGCGUAUAUUAAAGAAACUCAGCAGUGUGUCCAGGCUUAUAAAACAGCUGGAAAUGAAGAAGCCUGUUUCCCAGAUGCAACAGAAGAGCCUCUGAGUUUUCUCCGACACCAUAAGGAUAAAGAUGACUCUGGUACCUGGUUGGAUAGUCCUCUUCCUUUAAGUCAGAGAUUAAAGCUAAGGUUGCAAAACACUUGA